AGGGGUGGGGCGGGGCGCGGGGCGUGGGGCGGGACCGUUCGGACAUCAGCGGCGCCAUGGCCAUGACCUCAGGUUCUGGGACCCCCGGAGGGCGCCCGCGAGCGCAGAGGCCGCACCUCAGCAAGAUGGAGCGGGUGGUCGUGAGCAUGCAGGACCCCGACCAAGGCGUGAGGAUGCGGAGUCAGCGUCUGCUGAUCACCGUCAUUUCCCACGCGGUGACAGGAGGCGACGUCGUGGAGUGGCUGGCCCAGAAGUUCUGCAUCUCGGAGGAGGAAGCCCUGCAUCUGGGCGACCUUCUGGCGCAGCAUGGCUACUUAUACCCGCUGCGUGAGCCUCACAGUCUGGCGCUCAGGCCCGAUGAGACGCCCUACAGGUUCCAGACACCAUACUUCUGGACCAGUACCUUGUGGCCAGCUGCGGAGCUGGACUAUGCCAUCUACCUGACCAAGAAGAACAUCCGAAAGCAGGGAGCCCUUCUGGAGCAUGAGAAGGAGCACUAUGACCAGCUGCAUAAGAAGAUCAACCACACAUGGGAUCUGGUGGUGAUGCAGGCCCGGGAACAGCUGCGGGCAGCUAAGCAGCGCAGGAAAGGAGACAGACUGGUCAUUGCAUGCCAGGAACAGACAUACUGGCUGGUGAACAGGCCCCCGCCUGGGGCUCCUAAUGUGUUGGAGCAGGGUCCAGAAAGGGGCUCCUGUACUGGCAGCCGGGUGCAGAUGAGCUCGGACUUCUAUAAGCGGGAGAUUGAAUUCUCCAGGAAGGCACUGGGCAGGACCCGGGUAAAAUCCUCCAUCUGCCUUGAGGCGUAUCUAAAGUUUAGCAGCCAGCAUAGCCUGCAUGACCCCAUCCUGUCGGGGUGCCUGCCCAGCAAUCCCUGGAUCACAGAUGAUGACAGCUACUGGACCAUAAAUGCACCCAUGGUGGCUGUACCCACAAAGCUCCGCGUGGAACGAUGGGCCUUCAGCUUUCAGGAACUUCUGGAUGACCCUGUGGGCCGGACCCACUUCAUGGACUUCCUCCAGACGGAGUUCAGUGCGGAAAAUCUCAGCUUCUGGGAGGCAUGUGAGGAGCUGCGCUUUGGAGGGCAGGCCCAGAUUCCUGACCUGGUGGAUGCUGUGUACCAGCAGUUCCUGGCCCCUGGUGCUGCUCGCUGGGUCAACAUUGACAGCCGGACAAUGGAACGGACCCUGGAGGGCUUGCGCCAGCCCCACCGCUAUGUGUUGGAUGAUGCACAGCUGCACAUUUAUAUGCUCAUGAAGAAGGACUCCUACCCUAGGUUCCUUAAGUCUGACAUGUAUAAGGGCCUAUUGGGAGAGGCUGUGAUCCCACUGGAGGCAAAGAGACGAGUAUUCCCGUUUACGUGGAAGCCUCGGCACUUGAGCCCCAGUCCCGCUCUUCUCCCCACCUCUGGGGAACCUCCCGCCACUGGCAGCACUGCAGGUGGGGAUGGGGAGGACUAGAUGGACUCCCUGUCAUGCCCAGGGCCUGCUACCAACAUCCUGCAGGGUCACCCUCUCCUGAUGACUGCAGAGCCCCCAGUACUGGCACUCUCUUGUGUACAGAGUCCAUCCUCUCUUUGCUUUUCCUUUUCCCUACCUGGAAGGGGGUGGCUCAGCUGCCAAGCCCCAGGGAGGAGGUUUCAUUGGCCAAGGCUGGACAGGUAGGAUUCAUUACUGGCAGGAUGGCAAGGCUAAGGCAUAGACACUUAUCCAUGAAGAUAGGCAGGUCUCUGGGUAGUCUUGCUCCAUCCAGGUGAGCUCAUCAGAGUUGGUCUAGAUGAAGCAUUUGGAAUGGCUACACACCCCUCUGUAGUCAGUGCUUGGAAGUCUCUCUUCACUGCACACCACACACACCUGUCUAGCAUCCACCUGAGCCACAGCUUCCCCACCAGAUUUGUGCACCUUGUUGUCCUGAUCAUGAGGCUCCUGGUCCCUGCAGGGAAGAUUUUUGCCAGGCUGGCGGAGCCAGAAUCCAGUCCUCCUACCCGAGCUUUCUUCAGAGGCACAGGCAUUCCCACUGUGUGUUCCCCAUACCUCCAGACUAGACGAACUUACAGGCCAGCUUCUUUUGAGAUCACCUCAACCACAGGGCUAUUUUUGGCACAGAAAUAAAAGAUUUUUCUCCCUCA